UUGUAUCUUUCGCGCGAAGGAAUGAUCGCACAACUUUCAACGCCCGAAGUUUGCUUCGCGCUCUGUGCUGAUGAUGGGAGAGAGAUGUUUGAUCGCUUUGAAAGUUGUGCAAAGCAAGAUCCAACGGGUCAUGCCGCGAGAGAAGAUCAAUCAUUAUUUCGCAAGAAAGAUACAAUCCAAACCGAUUCCCCAACCGCCUUCCCCAGUCGCGUCUUUUACCGAUUAAUCAGACGGUCAAGGUUUCUCCUUUCGCUGAUCCAGUAGUUUCCCCACCCCUCUCUCUCGCCGCGCUCCCAUUUCCCCCUCCAAGAAAAAGCCAGAAGCCAGGGAAAGGAUGCCAGGAAGGCAUUAAAAGCUUCUCUCUCUUCAUUUGCGCUCUCUCUCGUAUUGCGAAUCGAAUCCCUUUUAGCCCUCCAUUUGCUCUCCAACUCCAAGAUUCCUAUAAGUAGCUCUGCCUCGUCUUCUUUCUUCUUCUUGAGCGGAGAUGGGAGCCUCUAAUGGCAGGAUUCCAAGAAGCGUCUUCGAACCCUAGAGGUUGAAGAAACCCUAGUCCUCGAUCCUUUUCUUCUUUUUGUUUCUGCUCGCAUGGGAUCGGAGAACGGGGCCAUGGAGAGCCUCGCGAGCUCGAGAUUCGUGGCGGCAUGCGUGCUUGGGGGGCUCGUGCUCGGUGCCGCUGUGCUGGCGGUGCAGCUGGGCCGGGCGCCGCCGGUGCUCCCGCCGCUGGGGAUCCGUUGGAGGAAGAAGAAGCCCGUUCGGGUGUACAUGGACGGGUGCUUUGACAUGAUGCACUACGGCCACUGCAACGCGCUGCGCCAGGCGCGGGCCCUCGGGGACGAGCUUGUCGUCGGGGUCGUGAGCGACGACGAGAUCACGGCCAACAAGGGGCCUCCUGUCACGCCACUCCACGAGAGGAUGAUAAUGGUAGGUGCUGUGAAAUGGGUGGAUGAGGUCAUUCCAGAUGCUCCUUAUGCUAUCACAGAAGAGUUCAUGAACAAGCUGUUUACUGAGUAUAAUAUAGAUUACAUUAUCCAUGGGGAUGAUCCUUGCCUACUGCCAGAUGGUACUGAUGCAUAUGCCCUUGCUAAGAAGGCUGGUCGUUAUAAGCAGAUCAAAAGAACUGAAGGAGUGUCAAGCACAGAUAUCGUUGGUCGUAUGCUUCUUUGUGUGAGGGAGAGAUCAAGUAGUGAUAGUCAUAAUCAUUCCUCUUUACAAAGGCAGUUCAGUCAUGGACACAACCAAAAAGUUGAUGAUGGUGGAUCCGGCAGUGGAACUCGGAUAUAUCAUUUUUUGCCAACAUCUCGACGAAUAGUGCAAUUUUCAAAUGGGAAGGGGCCUGGUCCAGAUGCUCGCAUAGUUUACAUUGAUGGUGCAUUUGAUCUGUUCCAUGCAGGACAUGUAGAGAUACUGCGGAUUGCUCGAGGACUUGGAGAUUUCUUGCUUGUGGGGAUACAUACGGAUCAGACAAUCAGCACUACUCGAGGAGCCCAUCGCCCAAUCAUGAAUCUUCAUGAAAGAAGUUUGAGUGUUUUGGCCUGUCGUUAUGUAGAUGAAGUGAUUAUUGGUGCCCCCUGGGAAGUUUCAAAAGACAUGAUUACUACCUUCAAUAUCUCCUUGGUUGUUCAUGGAACAAUUGCAGAAAAUAUGGAUUUUCUGAAGGAGAAAUCUAACCCAUAUGCAGUUCCAAUGGCUAUGGGCAUCUAUAGGCAAAUAGAAAGCCCUUUGGACAUCACUACUAGCACAAUCAUCAGGAGGAUUGUUUCAAAUCAUGAAGCAUAUCAGAAAAGGAAUGAGAAGAAGGAAGCUAGUGAAAGGAGGUACUAUGAGGGUAAAACUUACGUAUCUGAAGAUUAAUUCCCUGGAAUUUGGGUAUCAGAAGUUCAUCUAAAAUCUCACAGGAGUCGUCAGUUGUUUCCAACAGCAUGCCAUCAUGGUAUGGUGCAAAUUUUGCGUUGAUUUUUUUCCUUUUUUAAAGCCUAUUGGCGCUCAGAGAUACAGCGUAGAUGAUAGCGGGCGGAUUGCUGGUUACUUGGGUCGUAUCGGGGUAAUAAGAUUGAUCGGUCUGUCCUUGUCUUUUCAUUUCCAUCAUUUUUUUUUCUUGCCUUAAAUGGCUAUCAUACCGUGCAGUUUCCAGCACGAGUUAUUUGUAUUGGUGGGUACUUGAGAUUUGUUUUUUUUUUUUUUUACCCCCAUCAACGUGAUCAUCUUGUCAUGUAUUUUCACAUGGAAGGGUGGAUUUGUCCACCAAUUGGCUUAUUGAAUAUCUUACCCUAAACUUGUUUUCCCCAUUGCAUUUUUGUCCAAGAACGAAUUGAUGUUAUUUGUAUGGAUUCAGCUAAAGAAUUGCUGCCCUUGAAUGGUAGGGAUCUUUUACGA